AUGAGAGAGUCGUUAGCAAUCGUUAUUGACUUUUUUUUCGUUAGGGUGGAUCUUUCUUUAAACCGAUCAACAUUUGGAUUACUCCUACAACUACAUCAGAUCAAUUGGCCUUUCAUCAGUAUGUCUGAAAUACCAAGUCUGGAUAAAUCUCCCGUGGCAAAACUAUCUGAAGAAGAAGGGAGUAAAGGAGUACCACCACCUAUUCCUCCACGUCCCGUUGUUGCAGAAGAUAGCGCCACUAUCAAUGAAGAAGGUACGGGGGAUGAUUCGGAAUUAAGAGCUAAUUUUGCAGAAUCAGGAAAGAACCCUAAGAUCAAGACAAAACCACAAUCUUCGCCGCUAUUAUCUUCAACACCGCCACUGGUUUCUAAAGCGUUAGUCAAAUCGUACCCUUAUUUAAUUAUAAUCAACAAGUUUUUAUCAAUCAUCACCUGGACAAAUGAUGAUAAUUGGGUCAAUGUUGUUGUUGUGUGUUUAUUCUCCAUGAUUGUAUUGUAUUUUGAAAGUUUAGUAACUUGGAUGGGACACUUGAUUCUUGUGGGAAUAUUAGUGUUAUAUGCCAUGUUGAAUAGUAAAAUUAUUGAGGAGGCUAACUUGUAUCCUACAUUAGAUGACGUUGUUCAAGCAUUGACAUCGACAUGCAUCAAAGCAGAUUUGUUUUUGCUGCCAAUUACUUCAUUGUCCUUGACGGCGUAUGAUAUCAAGAGAUUGUUAUUCACCACAUUGUUCUUAACUCCAGUUUACUUGAUCGUCACCUUUUUGUUGAUCAAACCAAGAACGAUCUUGUUAUUCAGUGGAAUCUUUUUAUUGACAUAUCAUUCAACCUAUUCAAUUGUCACUAGAAGAAUACUUUGGAAAUUGAAAAUUGUCAGAUUGAUUUGCUUCUAUUUAACUGGGUUAGACUUGUCAGAAACUAAAAAUCAUUCUUUAUUUGCUGCUGCAUUUGCCAAAGUAAGCAGUACCAGUUCCGCCAACAAAUCAACCAAGCCAGUGAGAUUCACAUAUGUCAUAUAUGAGAACCAACGAAAAUGGUUGGGUAUUGGCUGGUCAAGCAAUUUGUUAUCAUAUGAAAGAACCCCAUGGACAGAUGAGUUUUUGAAUGAAAGUAGCUCGAUUGAUACAUUCAAGUUACCAAACUCCUUAGAUGAUACACAUAAUGCUAUUGAUUCUAAAAUACAAGGUGCUACAUGGAGAUGGGUCGACAAGACAUGGCGUUUGGAUUUGACCAAUGACGGUGCUAUAACUUUACCAAGUUCAAAGAGAUCUAAGACCACGGCCAAUCCUUCCUCUGAUGAAGGUUUCAUCUAUUACGAUAAUACAUGGAAGAAGCCAUCCACAGAAGAUACAUUCUCGAAAUACACCAGAAGAAGAAGAUGGAUAAGAACAGCUGAGUUGGUAUUUGAUGAUAAAGUCGAGGAAAACUUGGAAACAACAGAUACUGUCACAGCCACUGGUUCUAGUGCCCAAGAUACAACUACGACCAAAAGAAUCAAAAAUUUGAGAUUUGCAGAAGACGAUGUUGAAGAGAAGGAGUCGUCCGAUACUGAUAAGAAGAAUGAUUGA